AUGGAGGUCUACAACUUCAACUCCUCCAUCCUCUACAUCCAUAAGUUGUCAAACAGCAGCGAUGGCGAGGGUGACAUUACCAUGUAUGAGGGAUGCAAGGACAUGCCCGAGGUCCUGAUAUUUUAUCUGAUCCUGCAGUUCAUCAAUAUGUUCCUGGGGUUCCCCGCUAACCUGAUAGUGCUGUGGCUCCUGCACAAGAACAAGGGGGACUCCUCCAGCUCCGAUAUCUUCAUCCUCCACCUGGCCAUACUGGAUACCUUCUUCUGCCUCAUCCCACCCCUGGAACUGGUCAACCAAGUCUUUCUCACCACCAGCAGCAUCUGGUACGUACUGCGCUUCUUCUACGGGGUGAAAGACUCUUCGCCGCUCUUCCUCUCCUGCAUCUGCAUGGACCGCUACAUGGCCGUCCUGCACCCAAUCACCUUCACCGAGCUGAAGGACCGAAACCACCGCUCGGUCUGCGCUGCCGUGCUGUGGCUGGUCACCCUGGUCUAUGCGGCGGCUAAAUGCGUAUGGGGCAACAUCCCCAACUUCGAGAAGGUCUUUGUCGCCAUGAUCCUGGCAGCUUUUGCCUUCAUGCUCUUCUGCAAUGUGGCCAUCCUGAACGCGCUCCGCAAGUCAGGCCCUGGUCGUGAUGAGAUGCACCCCGUCAAGAAGAGGGCCUUCAAGAUGGUGUCCAUCAUCCUGGCCAUCAUCGUCUUCAACUAUUUCCCACCUGUAGCGCUCUUCCCCUUCCAGGACUACUUCUCCCCGGACGAGUUCAUCUGCUUUGUCGACCCUAUAGCCUUUGGCUUCAUGGACAUCAGCAGCAGCAUUCAGCCUCUUCUCUACCUCUCCCGGGAGAUUCCCAGUGUCCUUUGCUGCUGCGCUGAGGUUAAAGGCUCGGGAAGCUCCACCGAUCCACGUUGA